AUGUGCAGAUUUAAACGUCUUCCUCGCAGCAGAAUGAAUUACCAAUGGACAACCAACAUUCUUCUCCUGGUUUUUGGUCUGUGCUCAACAACAAAUGACAUUUGGGAAAACUUGAACAUCUUUGAAGAACAUGUGCCAUACUUUUACUACAAUAAUCCAGACUUGAAAAUGCAGUGUCUUCAAGAUCUCGAAUGUCCUUAUCGAAAGUUGCUCCAAGAAAAAAAAGUUGACAAGUGCUGGGGUUAUGAAACGAACUGUUCAGAAGAGGAAAUAAUAGCUAACAUCAAUUGCCCACAUGACUGUAAAGGGUGGACAACUGAUAAACAUGCUCAAAAGGAACUUUUCUGGACUGCAGGAGAUUUUGGUUAUGUCAAACAGCGCAAAAAAGAAUUGAAAUCCUUUUGUAUUCCUCAGCAAAAAGGAGACUCGUCUCUUGAGUGUAGCCAGUUUCUCAGGUAUUGUCGGGCAGAGCACAUUUACUUGGAUUUCAGGAAAGCUAAUCUCACAUCUGGGUAUAACAGAUAUCGUGAAGAUGUAUUCCAAAAAGGUGAAAUUGGAGGCCAUUGCAAUCUUCAUUUACAAUCACUCAAAGCAGAAGCCGAACAUAAGAGUCCUUUGCAGUCUUGGUUUGCAGAGCUUGAAAAUUAUUCAUCCUUAAAAUUCCGUCCAACCUCUGAAAGCUACUGUGAUGUUACUAUAGAUAAACCUACGUUUUUUGUUAAAUUGGAUGUUGGUAUUAAUUUGUAUCAUCAUUUUUGUGAUUUUAUCAACCUGUAUAUCACUCAGCACAUGAAUAACAGUUUUAGCACUGACGUAUAUAUUAUCAUGUGGGACACGAGUGCAUUGAAUUAUGGAGAUAUUUUUAAGCUGACCUGGAAAGCUUUCUCCAAGCACUCGAUCAUACCACUGACUCAAUUUGAUGGCAAAAGACUUUGUGUUAAAGAUGCUGUAUUUUCCUUUCUUCCACGGAUGAGGUAUGGUUUAUAUUACAACAUGCCUUUGGUUCCAGGUUGUACAGGAAGUCGUUUGGUACGAGCCUUUUCCCAGCAUGUCUUGCAUCGGCUAAAUGUGACCCAACUAGGUCCUCUGCCAGAAAAGAUUCGAGUCACUUUGUUGUCUAGAAGCACGAAAUAUCGAAGGAUUCUUAAUGAAAAUGAAUUAAUUUCUGCCUUGAAGACGAUUACAGAAUUUGAGGUCCGAGUUGUAGACUUUGAUGCCAGUUCUUUGCAGGUGUCUCUCAAUUCUGACAUUUUUAUUGGUAUGCAUGGAGCUGGACUCACACAUACCCUCUUCCUUCCAGAUUGGGCUGUACUUUUUGAAUUGUACAACUGUGAAGAUGAAUAUUGCUUUAAGGAUUUGACCAAUCUGAGAGGAGUUAAAUAUAUAACAUGGCAGGACAAAAGUAAACUGAUUCAGGAAGAUGAGGGUCAUCAUCCAACAUUAGGUGCUCAUGCCAAAUUUACCAAUUACUCUUUUGAUACAAAAGAGUUUAUACGUCUCAUGUUGCAGGCAGCUGAUUACAUUCUUGGUCAUCCUGAAUUUUGGAAUGGUUAUGCUCGCAAAUACCAGUCAAAAGCAAAAACUGAACUUUGA